CCCUCCAGCAUUAACUCUCCUGUGACUCUUCUCUUGCAAGCUAACAACACAGUUUCGAUCAUGAAAACAGACAGUAGCAUUAAUAGCUGCUGGAUAAGGAUUAACAUCAAUUUCCAUCUCAAUCCAUAGAAUAGAGAGGAUCACAUGGAUGUAUGUUUGUUGGGAGGGGAUUUUUUAACCACAAUCUAUCAAUUUGGCACAUCAAACAAGCAAUUACUAAGCAGUCAAAUUUUGGUAAUCAAACUAACACGCUCUCUCAACUACUCUCUUUAUGCUUCACGUAUCACUAAUUCAUUGAAAAGAAGAAGCUUCCCCGUCUUCCCGAGUCUUUAAUGCCUCCCAACUAUCAGCAGCUGUUGUUCCAACACCCAUAAGGCUCACGAUUUUUCGCUUCGACUCCCAUCCUUCCUCCCGCCCACUGCAUCGAAAUCCACUCGAGUUUGGAUCUCGGCAGUCCCAGGUACCGAUAGGUGCUUGAAGGAGCUCUCUCUCUCUCUCUCUCUCUCUCUUUUUGUUGCGGUCUUUGGUUGAUUGAACUUGGAGUGAACAAGAGAGAGAGAGAGAGAGAUCUGAAUGGUUUUUAGUAGCUUUGGAGCCUCCGACACAAAACUUUUUGCCUUUAUUUUUUUUAUUGUGAGGUGGGUUUGAUGAACAGUUCCGACGGCAAUUCCGAAGGCUUUCUCCAGUUCUUUGCUUCUUUUGCUGUUUGAUUUGGCCAGAUAUGGUUGGAUAGGACGAUUGAAGCGUGCUAGAGUUGAUUUAUGCCUGUAAGCUAAGAGCUUUGUAGGUUAGCUCGAGAAGAUCUACAGUUCGUUGGUCGGCUGGCAUGUUGGAGACCGGCUCUCUAAUUCUGUGAGGAGAAGGAAGAUGUCUGGAGUUGGGAAAUCACAUUGACGGCAUCAUCCAAUCAAGCCCUGUUCUUCGCUUAUUUCCUAUUAUUUCUUAGCAAAUCUUAUUACUGGCUGAACUAGUGAAGUUCUGCUGUGUUCACUACUCGAGAGAAAGAUGGUUGGCACUGUUGAAAAGAAUCAUGCUUCUGUUAACUCGAACGGUUCCCUUCACAAUUCCAAUGGUGCCGAAGAAAAGCUAGAUGAGCUUCGUCGCCUCCUCGGCAAAACUGAUGGUGACCUGCUAAAGAUAGUUGGUGUUGGGGCUGGUGCCUGGGGCAGUGUGUUUGCUGCCCUCCUGCAAGAUGCUUAUGGUCAUUUUCGUGAUAAGGUUCAGAUAAGGAUAUGGAGACGGCCUGGUAGAUCAGUUGAUCGAUCCACAGCUGAGCAUCUGUUUGAGGUUAUCAAUUCAAGGGAGGAUGUUUUAAGACGUUUGAUCAGACGAUGCGCCUAUUUAAAGUAUGUGGAGGCAAGGCUUGGUGAUCGAACACUGUAUGCCGAUGAGAUAUUGAGGGAUGGUUUCUGCUUAAACAUGAUUGAUACACCAUUUUGCCCUUUGAAGGUUGUGACUAAUUUGCAGGAGUCAGUAUGGGAUGCGGAUAUUGUCGUGAAUGCUCUGCCUUCCACGGAGACGAGGGAAGUGUUUGAAGAAAUUAGUAGGUAUUGGAAGGAGAGAAUUACUGUUCCCAUUAUUAUCUCUCUUGCAAAGGGUAUAGAGGCAGCUUUGGAUCCCGUCCCACGUAUAAUUACACCUACUCAGAUGAUCAAAUGUGCAACUGGAGUUCCAAUUGAAAACAUUCUUUAUCUUGGGGGUCCAAACAUUGCUUCAGAGAUUUACAACAAGGAAUAUGCUAAUGCUCGAAUCUGUGGAUCAGAGAAGUGGAGCAAACCUCUCGCCAAAUUCUUGCGACAGCCAUAUUUCAUUGUAUGGGACAACAGUGACCUAGUUACUCAUGAAGUGAUGGGUGGUUUGAAGAAUGUUUAUGCUAUUGGUGCUGGAAUGGUAGCAGCUCUGACAAAUGAGAGUGCAACAAGCAAAUCAGUGUACUUCGCCCAUUGCACAUCUGAAAUGAUAUUUAUUACUCACUUGUUGACUGAACAACCAGAAAAACUGGCUGGUCCAUUAUUAGCGGAUACUUAUGUGACCCUAUUAAAGGGUCGGAAUGCAUGGUAUGGGCAAAUGCUUGCCAAGGGAGAACUGAGUCCUGACAUGGGUGACAGCAUCAAAGGGAAAGGAAUGAUUCAGGGAGUGUCCUUCACAAGCCAUUCUUCAAGCGCUACAAGAUGAAACCAUGAACGAUCCUCGUGAAAGGAUCGAGCUGGCUCAGAGUCAAGCUUUCUACAGGCCAUCGCUUCUUGGCCAACCUUAACAGCAUCUGUUGACGAUCAAGGAGAGGUCUUAUGUUAUGGUUUCAUCUUUUCUCCCAUUGAUGAAGCUAAAAUGGAAUAACUGCUUAGAUACCGAGCAAAGUGUUCGGUGAGAGAAGAUGAAUCGUCAGUCAGUGAAAAUUUCUGUCAUAAAAUGGGUGGCUUCUAAGGAGGCUUGAUUAAGCUUGUCAUGUCAUGUAAAUGGGUUGUUCAGUUGCACCUUAUGAAUAAUCAGAAUCUACAUAUA